CAGCAAAGCAGAUGCAGACAGAGCUCGCGGUGCAGAGAGCGCUGCUGUCACAGUGGGGAAGCACAAUCCGCGUGCAGCCAGCGCGAGGCAGAGACCUACCAACAAGCUGUGAACUAUGGCUGGACACAAAACGUGCAUGAGAGAUGACUGACCGUGCAGCAGUUUGGAACAAAUGACAGAAGAUUACACAUGCUUGGGUUGAAAUGAGAAGAUGCCAGCAGCUGAAAAUCAUCCUAAUUUGAUUUCAUUUGAGAACUGAAAGAUGCUGUAGAUGGUUUUACCUCUAAUGGAUUCCUAAAGCUGCUCCAAGAGAAUCAUCAUCAACGAUUUUACUGAAGGGAUCUCUUGGUCAGCAAGCGGGGGCCAGGAUGUGGCCCCCUGACCUCGGGCCUCCAGACGUCCAGCUGACUCUUCCUGGUUUUGGAAGUGUGUUUGAGGAUGCCGAUGACCUUCAGGCGCCGCUGUCUUCUGGUGGCUUCUGUCAGUCAUCCAUACAUUCAGGUGGUCUGGGCGUGUGCUGUCUUCCAAGGACUUCCCUGUCCCUGUCCUCGCUGGGCCGUGACCUCACGUCCCUGCUCAGCUGUAAGACAGCUGGAUCCCACAUAGAAAAGACUAUGGAGGACUUUGCCACCACAGCGCACACAGAUCCUAAAAACACCACCCAGAGGUUCAGUUGUUACCCCCAGCCCUCCCUCCCUUUAUCCUAUAUGCUCACCAGCUGUGCCACAUCUCCUCCUUUUGGCUCUCCAUCAUCCUCUCUUUCCUCUUCCUCAUCCUCCUCAUCUUUAUUUUUUGCCUCUUCCCUGCUUCUUUCUGAUGCACCCGGGGGCAACAAGUCUUCUCAUCAACAACGAAAGAUACAGGAAGAGUAUCACUCAAUCAAACAAGAGCCUGCAGAUGAUUUCUCACCAUGUAAGAGGGAACCGUUUCAAAUGAACAACCAGCAGGGGGAGCUGUUCCAUGUGGGCCAGCCCCUCCAAGGCCACGAUGGUCAAGACAGCACCCCACUUCAUUUUCCAGGUCUUAAUGGACCCGUAGGACAGGACCCCGCAGUGGACCAACAGGACCAGCCGUGUCACUGGAUCGACUGCAGCGCCACUUACGGCAGUCAGGAGGAGCUGGUGAGGCACAUCGAGAAGGUGCACAUCGACCAGCGCAAAGGGGAAGAGUUUUCCUGUUUCUGGGCCGGCUGUGUGCGACGCCACAAACCCUUCAACGCUCGCUACAAGCUGCUCAUCCACAUGAGGGUCCAUUCUGGAGAAAAACCCAAUAAAUGCAUGUUUGAGGGCUGCUCCAAGGCGUUCUCACGUCUGGAGAACCUGAAGAUCCACCUGAGGAGCCACACAGGAGAGAAACCGUACAUCUGCCAGCAUCCCGGCUGCCUCAAGGCCUUCAGCAACUCCAGCGACCGGGCCAAACACCAGCGCACACAUCUGGACACGAAGCCGUACGCCUGUCAGAUCCCAGGAUGCACCAAACGCUACACCGAUCCCAGCUCGCUACGAAAGCACGUCAAAGCUCAUUCAGCCAAAGGCCUUCAGGAGAGGGAGGUCAAGGUUCAGGUGCACACAAUGCUGGAAUCUGACAUUUUGAGUGACUGUCUGGCGAGGCAGCAUCUCCACAGCUCUGCCUCUUCCCACCAAGAAAACAGCUCAUCUUUACCGCGCUUAGAUGACUUCACAGCUCAUCAUGCCAGUGUUUACCUUGUCCAAUUACCGGGCACUGACUGCGGGCAAGUUGGCCCCCUCCCCGCCCGUCCUUCAGCUUCUCCAAACCGGUUUUCCAGCCAAGCUCUUUUUCUUUCCCUUUCAAUGGCUGAACCGGGAUCAAGAAGCUGUCAGCUGCCCUUAAACUCAAAGUCAAAGCCAAGUGUUGAAAGCCCCGCUGAUGGUGUGUAUUCAAACAGCAGCACCGUCCACAACAGGGGAAAUUCAGAGUUUCUCCCUCCAUCAGCAGAGACCUGCUCCAGAUAUCAAGGCCUGGAGGGAAACUUUGACGCCAACAGCUCAAUGUCUUCACUAACAAGCCCAGGGAGCGUGAGAGAGGGGUCAGUGAACAGACCAACAUCGUUGUUCAUGUCCACUGACGUCAGCCCAGUGAGCUCCUCAUCAGACAGAGCGGACGUCCAGCUGCAGGGCUACCACAAAACCUACAGCCAUCAACAAGUAUUCUCACAGCAGCAAGGAUGCCUGUAUGGAGAAGGAAAGGUGGUUCAAACAGUCAGCGAUGGAGGCUUUGAACCUUCCAGUUACUUCACAAACCCCUCCGCCUCUCACUCCACAGGGUUUGACUUGUUGCAGGACCUGCAGGGCCAGGCGGGAGGAGGUUACUCCAUGUCUCCCUGCUCAGACGACAGCUUCCUCUUCCAGGCAGGAAGCGUCGACCGCUGCCUCAACCAGAUCUACUCCAUCUACCUGGACUCAUGAUGGCCACCCAAAACCAAAAAACUGAAUCAGAAUAACUUUGUUUUCCUAAGGACAAACUUCAGCACAUAUAAGGUGUGGCAGCAGACAAUCACAACAACAAUAUACUGUAUAUUCAUGGCUGAAGUUGAGUUUUAACAGUACAAAUAAAAGUGCAAAAUUGACUAGAGGCAGAGCUGCGGGCAAACUGGCAAACAUGAACAGCCAAAGAGGAAAUCUGGUCAAAUCAUAAAUGUAAAUAGCAGUGACUUUUUUAUUCAGAGAUGACCACAGCAUUUGUGAUCUGGAUAGAAUGAGCUAUGAGCUUUAUUUGCUAGUUUGAUCUAUUGGAAAGUCACAUAGUUGGUUAAUUCUGACUCCACAGCAGCUUUGCCUCCAGGAAAUGUUAAAACAACGAUUUUUGUUAGAAUGGGAUCUUAUAAUGUACUGGUUCCCAACCUAGGGUCGAUUAAUACAUCUGUUGGGGUCGAAAUAUGAUUGAGAAAAUACCAAAGAACAAAAUAACACAGUUCAGUUUUUUGUAUGAAAUAUUGGAUAAGAUUUUCUUCUUUGGCCGUAACAGCAAUUAAAAUCAAACAAUAUGAGAAGGUUAGAAGAGAAUAACACUUUGGUUCAAUUGCUUACGACUCACAGGCAAGCUGUGAUACAGGGUUGUAAGUAGCUUUGUUUUAAGGUGUCACAAGCCAAAAAGGUUGGGAACCAUUAUGUUAUAAUGGAUGACAAGUUGCAUUUAGUAGUACAAGGAAUAGUUCAACAUUUUGGGAGAUAUGCUCAUUGUUUUCUUGCUGAGAGUUAGAUGAGAAGGUCAAUACCAUUCACAUGUCUGUACGCUAAAAAUGUAGCUACAGCCAAGAGACAGUUAUCUUAGCUUAGCACUAAGACUGGAAACAGAGGGAAACAGCUGGCCUUGCUCCGUCCGAAGGUAACAAAAUCCAUCUACCAGUAACUCAAAAGCUCAAUUAACACAUAAAAUCUAAUUUGUACAAAAACUGAUACGAGAAAAAAAAAAACGGAGCAGGACUAUUUCUUGACCGUGAUGAUGCCAGGAAGUCACUGCACCUGGCCAAGAAAUAGUCCGGCACACAACCACCUGAAAAACCACAACUUGUCGUUCUUUGUACGGAUUAAACAAACAAGAUAUAACUUGUUAAUUACUGAAUUUUAGAGGUGCUGGUGCAAGCUAACUGUUUCCCUCUGUUUCCAGUCUUUAUGCUAAGCUAACUGGCUGCUUGUGCCGUAGCUUCAUAUUUACCAUACAGACAUGAUAACAAUAAUAAUAAGAAGAAGAAUUUUAUUUGUACAGCACUUUUCAAGCAGAGUGCUUUCCACUGCAGGGAGACAGCAUAAAAGACAGUUACAUAUAAAAUCAUCCAUAAGUUAAAAAACUAUUUAACAAUUAAAACAGUUAAGAAUAAACAUAAAAUCUGGCGUUAACACAACAGAUCUGUAUUAUGCAGACAAAUAAGUCUAGUUGUCAGAUAAGAAGGCGAGUCUAUAAAUAUGUGUUUCAAGACAGGAUUUAAAAGCUGAGACAGUGCCAGCAGACCGAAUACAAGAGCCAAGGCACCAGUACAGCAAAAGUUCGAUCACCCCUUGACCUUAACGUGAACUCUAGAGCAGCUAAAAGGCCUAACCCAGCAGAUCUAAGAGGUCUUUUGGCACAGUAAGAAGUUUAAAGGUCACUGAUUUACUGUAAUGCCUUGUUGGAUUUUAAAAUGGAAAUUGGUAACCAGUGCAAAGAGGCUAAAACUGGGGUGACGAACGGUAUCGAUCGUCUCAUCUAACUCUCUGCAAGAAGUGUAUUUCCCCAAAUUUCAAACUAGUCCCUUGAGGUUGUAGAGUGUGUUUAUCAGCAGCCAAAAUACCUUGUAACCAAAGUGUCAUUGAGAAACCUCCAGCUGCUUGUUAAUUUACAUUGCUGCACAAGAGGGAACUGCAUGAGAGUGGAGAGUACAGUAAACUGUAGCAGUACUGCCGCCAAGUGUCUGAAUGACUGUAUAUACAUGUAAUAUACAUGCAGUAUGUGGUACAGAGUGGAUCAGUGUGGAUGACACCUGGGACUAAUAAACUGACACACAAAACAAAAAAACUGCACUAAAAUGUAUUGUCUAUGAUUUGUCUGUCAUGGACUGAGAGGUGCCAACAAAUACGUUUCCAUAUGUAUAAUCUAACAACGAUCAAGACAGUAGCAUAAUCUCCUUUUUUUUAAUAUUGUUUCUUCUGUUGCUUCAGUGCCUUUACAUGUUUGUCGUAUAGUUUCUAUCAGUGUUUAAUUCAGUGAGAGGCAGGUGUGCAUUGUUUACAGUAACUUCUCUGCACUCUUUUCUGUCUCAUCACAGAGAUUUUAAGAAAAUGACAAACCAGAAAAUGUUUACACUGAUUUUGUAGCAAUUCAGAGAUUUCUUAUUAUUGUCAUUGAACAGUGUAUAUAGACUGUAUAAAAAUGCACGUGUCUUUUAUAUCUAAAUAAAAAAAAUGGUUUGUA